AUGUCAGCAGAACUUCCCCUGGCCACGGCUCAAGAAAUUUUUGGCCGCCGGUGUCGGGCCGAUGGCAGCCUUGCCUUCCAGAUGUCGAUGGGCCCGACGGGGCCGACGGGCACAAUGCCGCUGUCUUCGGCAGCCAAGAGACAGAAGAGGGCUGGGCGCCCGGAGCUCCAGGAGCUCCUUCAGUGGCCGCUCGCGGAGGCCGUACAGGUGGCAGCAGGGCGGCUCUUUGAUCCUUCGCCGGACGUCCGAGCCGCAUGCUGUGCGACAUUGACCGCCAUCCUCAGGCAUGCAGGGCCAGACGCAGAGCUCGGAAGUUUGGGACAGGACGUGCUGCGCCACGUUCUGGCACAAGCCGCAUCAAUGUCAGUAGAUGUACGCCUUGCGGCACUGGAAACUCUUCAGCACUUCCCCCGCUGGGACACGGAGGUUUUGAACAGAGCAGUGAAACUGCCUGUCUUUCAGAAGGCUCUGGAGGAUGCACCCGACGAAAAGAAGAAGUCGAAGAUAGAUCCUCCAGAGAUUUGGCAUGGAGUCCUCCUGUUCGCUCUUGAUGAUGAAGAGCCGAUGAUUCGCGCCAGAGCGCUCCACGUGAUUUUGCUUGAGUUGUGUCAAAGGCGGGCUGCCGAAGAGGUGCCAAAGAUGUUCGAGGGCUUCUUUCAACGGCUUGCCGCUAUUGCCGCUCUCUGCCUCCAAGACAGCAGUGAUCUUGUGCGUCAAGAGGCAGCUGCCAUGCUGGUGCAGAUCAUGUCCGUGCGGUCUGUGGGCCUGUCACGCCCAACCGAGAACAAGGCUGCCGGCCCUAUGUUGGCGCACGUCCUGGAAGCCUUCCCGCGGGAUCCGGCUGCGGUGUUGAGUGUCUUGGAGAAGUGCCGUUUUGCUGACCUCCUGACGCUCCGAGACGCUGUGCUCUGGAUUCUCAGCGUGGAGCUGCCGCAGGGCUUCUCCGUGGAUCUGGAACCCGCAGCCCUCCGCCUGGCUGAGGAGCUGAAGCGGCUGGAGGCCAUGCCGGACAUGUACAAGAAGGCGAAGAAAGUGAUCAUGAUGGACUCGGCUGCGAAGCCGGGCGCAAGGCUGCUUACGGCCACAGUGCUGCACGGCUCCGAGCCGCUGGCGCCCGCAGGCAUAUCCGUUGGACUCGCACAGGGAAGAGGGUCUACUCAGAUGGACCGGCUGCGUGUGCUGGUGGACCAGCUUUCGCAGCAGUGUCCAGAAGCUACCGAGCAUCUACGAGGUGACGAUGCGCUGCCGCCGAGGAGCCUGGAGGAUUUCCAAGGUCAGUCAACGUUCACGUAUUGGCUCCAAUCCUUGGAAGCUCACUGGGAUGUUGUCGCGACCGGGCUCGUAGAGGCACCGUCUGGAAUCUCUGGCCGGCUGCACAAAGUGUCCGCUGAACUCAGUCAGCUGCACCGGGUCUUUGCGCUUGCCGCUUCCGGGGAGGCGGGAAUUUCGGAUGCCAGCCCUUCACCACUUCGUUCUAGAUUUGCGGCAGCAGCGGCGUGGGCAGAAGCCCUGAGGUGUGUGGCAGAGGCAGCCCAGCAGAGCCGUGAGGAAGGACUUCGGCUGGCCUCAAGCGUCAGACUUCACCAGGCCAUCUCCUGGCUGAUGCACGGCUUCACCUGGCAGGUGCAGCCCUUUCCCAGGAUCUUGCUGGCACUUCGCUUGCUCUCCUUGCGGCUGCUCACUGAUGCCAUAGAUCCAGCCCAGGCGGAGCUGGCUUCAGAGGAUCUGGAAAGGGCAGUGCGCGAAUUGGGAGAACAGGUCCCAACGAAGGUCCUGGAGAGGUCGGCCAUUGCAGCGCGGCUGUUGCGUCGCCCCUUGGUGGACUUCAUGCCGGCCAUCGGCAAAGGCUAUUUCCAGAGCCUGUUGACUGCGCACGUGGAAAUGAAAGCCGCGAGUGUCCACUGCAGAGAAGGGAGGCAUGUCAGCAGGCUGCCGGCACCCAUCUUGGUCGAUGUCAUGAGCAGUUUCCCUUGCGGCCUCAGUUUAGUGCUGGAGGGGAAAGAGACGGUGACACACAAGGUGCCUUCACCCGGGGACGGCAGCCGAAGGAUCCACAUGGAGUGUACCGCCCCGGACCUCACUGAAGGAAUGCUGAGCCUCAGGCUUGUGCUGGAUGUGGACGAUGCAAGCCUAGGGCCAGGCGCAACUGGCGCCCCAGCUCUGCGAAACGGCUCCACUGGGAUAAGCUCGCAGAGCUGUCUGCGCAGGCUUGUCAGCCACAUCGUGGUGGCAGAUCCCGUUGAGGUGAACCCGUUGGUGUUCUAG